AAAAUAUACACUACUAAAUUAACCGAAUUAAAAUACGCUUGAUUUUCCUCGUAAAUUGUUAUAUGCACAAUUUUAACAUUUAGUUUGGUUGAAAAAAAUUAAGUAUUUUUUAUGUCAUAAAAUGUAAAACGUUCCACCGUGAUGACGUGUUUACCCACUAUAGUCAUUACUGUCGUAAAACUUGUCCAUCACACUCGCUUUCCGGUAGUUGCGAGCACGUGUGUAGUGCUGAGGUGCAGUGUGUUCAGUACACCGUCAGGUUUUUUUUCGCUCCUCCGACCGGGUUGCCAUGGCGAAGAGUCUGCGCAGUAAGUGGAAGAGGAAGAUGAGGGCGGAGAAGAGGAAGAAGAACGCUCCUAAAGAGCUCGCUCGUCUGAAGGUGGCUCUGGGGCAGGAGGGUAAAGGAGACAUCAGCAUGAAGGACGUGUGUGAGACGGCCACGCUGGUGUCUCCUCACACGCUCACGGAGAGAGCACAGGGAGACGUGGAGAUCAGAGACGACUCCGGAGAACAGGAUGAGACGGGGAGGAUGGAGACGGACAGUAAAAGGAAUAAGGACACACAGCUGAAUGAACAUGGUCAGUACCCGGUGUGGAUGAGUCAGAGACAGGCCAAGAAACUCAAAAACCAGCGGAGGAGCAAGAAAAUGCCCCAGAAGAAGAAGAAGAAGGGUCUGGCUUGGUAGAAACACACACACUCGUUUGUGUGAUGUACAGUUUAUGGACAGUUUUUGUGUGUGUGAGAGAGAGAGAGAGAGACACAGGAGACGCUGGGACUCGAGGUGGACGCUGAACGCUGCAUUUCUCUCACACAAAGCGCUCAUAAUGGAGAAAUUUCCUCCCUGUCGCAGAAGAAAACCCUGUGUGUGUGUGUGGGUGUGUGUGUGUGUGUGUGUGUAUGUUUUUCAAUCUGUAAAUCAGUAGCGUUUAUUAAACACCAACACGUCCUGUGUCCAGGUUUAUUCUGAAAUACAAACUUUUUCUCCACUGA